AUGGAAAACAAGCCGGAGUCCGCCACCGUGUGGAAUCAGUCCGAGAAUACGGAUUCAGCCGAUGCACCUCAGGUUCAUUUCGAGGGUGGCACAGUGGCCCAGUUAGUGUACAGUGGAGAUAGCACUGAUCCGGCGGCGCGGGGGCAGCAGCAACGAGUGGUCUACGCUGCCGACGGCAGCUCGUAUACGUCGGUGGAGUCGGCAGAGCACACGCUAGUCUAUAUUCACCCUGCGGAUGGCACCCAGGCCGUAUUUGCAGAUCAACCUCAAGUGGCGUACAUCCAGCAAGAUGGCACAACUCAGCAGGUGGCGGUCCUGCUGCCAAGCGGGCAGAACGUGAACACAGCCAGUCUCCAUGUCCUCAGCAAUGUGGCUGAGGCACCGCAAGCCACACUGGAACCUGCACCCCAGGAGCAAUUGCCCGAUUCCAACUCGCAAGCCUCUAUGGCUGACAUGACGGACCCCCCGUCCAGCCCGCUCGGGGCCAUGGACACUACAGACGACUCUGAAGAAGAUGACGAUGACGAGGAAGACUCAGACAUUGACGACUGGGAGCCUCGCCAGCGGUUCAAUCCUCACAAUCUCUGGUGCGAGGAGUGCAACAACUCCAACACAUCAGAUUGUCUAACCCAUGGGCCUCUCCAUCCCAUUCCCAACCGACCAGUGAUGUCUAAGGCUCGUGCCAGCCUGCCUCUGGUGCUCUAUAUUGACCGCUUCCUGGGCGGGGUCUUCUCUAAGAGGUUCAUUCCCAAGCGUACCCAGUUUGGCCCCGUGGAUGGACCCCUGGUGCCCCAGAGUGCACUGCAGGACAACUAUAUUCAUCUGAAGCUUUGCAUCCUGGAUGCAGAGAAAGACGGUGAAAAAUCACAGGACACAUGGCUGGACCUGUCCGACGAGGAGAGCUGCAACUGGAUGAUGUUUGUGAGGCCAGCCCAGAACCAUCUGGAGCAGAAUCUGGUGGCGUACCAGUACGGCCCCGACAUUUUCUACACCACCAUCAAAAACAUUGAGCCCAAGCAAGAGCUUAAGGUGUGGUAUGCAGCAACAUAUGCAGAGUUUGUCAAUCAGAAGCUGCACAGUGUUACAGAAGAAGAGCGAAAAGUUUUGCGGGAGCUAGAGAAGAACUGGCCAUGCUAUGAGUGCAGUCGGCGCUUUGUGAGCUCCGAGCAACUCCAGCAGCAUCUCAACAUGCACGACAACAUGAUCCAAUCUGUCAGCAGGUCCAAAGGGCGUGGGCGGGCCAGGGGCAGGAAGCGAUUUGGGACUAGUAGGAGGCCGGGACGGCCGCCAAAAUUUAUACGUUUAGAUGCACCAGUUGAAGAUGAAGUGGACAAGACGACUGAGAUGCUAGAUCUUUCAGAGGCCCAACCACUGGACGAGCCAAUGGAGGCGGCUCAAAAUGGCGUUGAAGUGACCGUGUCAGAGCCGGACACUGAGGCGGAAGGCCAAACUGCGCCCCCGGCAAUAGAACCCUCGGUAACCCCACCCUCUAACCCGGACCCGCCUCCCCCGGCAAAGGAGGAACUUGCGCAGGACGAACAGUCGGAAGCUCAUCUUUUGUCUCCAGACGUUCGACGUUUGAAAAGGAUGCGGGUGAACUGUCAGAAUGCGACACUUCAGCAUCACUUCAUCCGCAAGAGCUUCCGUCCCUUCAAGUGCAAACACUGCGAUAAGGCCUUCCGUGACAAAGACAAGCUGGAGCAGCAUCUGCGCGUGCACGGCCGCGACAGCUUUGUCUUCCCGUGCCACCUGUGCAGCAAGACCUUCGUGACCGACACGGCGCUGGACGACCACUUACUAGUGCACAACGAGAACCGCACUUACCCGUGUCUGCUGUGCACCGAGACCUUCGAUAGGCCCGAAGCGCUCAGGGACCACCUAGACGUUCACGCCGUGGACGGCAACUUCACCUGCCCGUCCUGCAAAAAGACCUUCCCUGACUUCAUCCAGGUGAAGAAGCACAUCCGCUGCUUCCAUUCCGAAAAGAUAUUCCAGUGCCCGAACUGUGAAAAGGCCUUUUGUAGGCCGGAUAAAUUGCGUCUACACAUGCUGCGCCACUCUGAUCGCAGGGACUUCCUGUGCUCCACAUGCGGGAAGCAGUUCAAGAGAAAAGACAAACUGCGGGAGCACAUGCAGCGUAUGCACAAUCCAGAGCGAGAAGCCAAGAAGGCCGAGAGGAGCCACCGUGCUAAGAGUUGCAAAAUGAAGCCCCCCACCACUGACUUUGAGAGCUUUAUGUUCAAAUGCAGGCUGUGCAUGAUGGGAUUCCGAAGGAGAGGAAUGCUGGUCAAUCAUUUAUCAAAGCGUCACCCCGAAAUGCGCAUUAAUGAUGUGCCUGAGUUGACACUGCCCAUCAUCAAGCCCAAUAGGGAUUACUACUGCCAGUAUUGUGACAAGGUGUAUAAGAGUGCCAGUAAGAGGAAGACGCAUAUACUGAAGAACCACCCAGGGGCGGAGUUGCCACCCAGCAUUCGCAAGCUGCCUCCGGCCGCUCCGGGCGGGCCCGACCCGAUGCUAACCACGCACACGCAGCUUGCAGGCACCAUCGCCUUCGCGCCUGUAUGUUGCCCACAUUGUGCCAAGCAGUAUAGCAGCAAGACUAAAAUGGUGCAGCACAUCCGGAAGAAGCAUCCGGAGUUCGCUCAACUAAUCAACACCAUCCAAGCUCCCCUGCCAGCGACGGUCAUCAGCAGCACACCUGCUGUCAUUAGCACGGACGGCGCCACCGCCGAAGCCGUCGUGACCACCGACUUACUAACACAGGCCAUGACGGAGCUCUCUCAGACACUGACGACUGACUACAGAACUUCACAAGGAGACUAUCAACGGAUACAGUACAUCCCUGUGUCCCAGGCUGGAGGCAGCUUGUCUCAGCCGCAGCACAUUCAGCUGCAGGUGGUCCAGGUGGCUCCGGCUCCCUCGCCGCACUCCCAGCAGCAAACUGUGGAUGUCAACCAACUGCACGACCCGCACGGCUACAGCCAGCACUCCAUCCAGGUGCAACACAUUCAGGUCACGGAACCUUCGGCUUCCGGACAAGAUGCCACACAGGUCACGGGUCAACCUUUGAGCCCUAACUCACAACAGACCAAUCAGGAGCUGAGCCCUACCCAGUUGGCCCCUGUGACGCUGGCUCCGAACCAAAAUCUCCAGAGUGGCGGGACUGCUGGACAGCAACAACAGCAACAGCAGGGGGCGGUGCAGCACGCCUACUUACCCGGCAAUUGGAACUACCGAGGUUACCCGUCCGAGAUCCAAAUGAUGACACUACCCCAGGCUCAGUACGUCAUCGCCGAGGCCACCACGCCCGUGACCGGAGCUGACAGCAACCAGGUGAAAACGAGGCACUACGUCAUCUCCGAAGGUCAAACGGAGCUGGACCCCAACAAGCCUUCGGGUCCCGCCAGCUCUAAUCCCGGUGAACAUUUAGAACCGCCGGCGAGCCAGCAAGCCACCACGCAGUACAUCAUCACCACCACCACCAACGGCAGCGGCACCAGCGAGGUCCACAUCACAAAACCCUAA